AUGGCGCACCCAAUUGCGGAGGCGAACGACCAAAGCCCCUUCGGCUCUUUGACCCCUGACGCCUUCUAUUCCCGCCACAAAGUCUCUCACGCCUCCGAGUACAUCACGAAUCCCAGAGGCCUCAAGCUCUUCACCCAGUGGUGGACCCCACUCCCUCCCACUCCUGUCGUCGGAACUCUAGCCAUCGUCCACGGCUACACCGGCGAGACCAGCUGGUUCGUCCAGCUCACCGCCGUCCACUUCGCCAAGUCCGGCUUCGCCGUCUGCGCCAUCGACCACCAGGGCCACGGCUUCUCCGACGGCCUCGUCGCCCACAUUCCCGACAUCAACCCCGUCGUCGACGACUGCAUCUCCUUCUUCGACUCCUUCCGCGCCCGCCACGCGCCGCCCAACCUCCCCGCCUUCCUCUACGCCGAGUCCCUCGGCGGCGCGAUCGCCCUACUCAUCACGCUCAGGCAAGGGAGUGGCGCGUGGAACGGCCUCAUCCUCAACGGCGCCAUGUGCGGGAUCAGCGCCAAGAUCAAGCCGCUGUGGCCGCUUGAGCACCUGCUCUUCCUCGUCGCAGCGGUGAUCCCGACGUGGCGCGUGGUUCCGACGCGGGGGUCGCUGCCGGACCUGUCGUUCAAGGUGGAGUGGAAGCGGAGGCUGGCGCUGGCGAGCCCGAGGAGGACGGUGGCGAGGCCGCGGGCGGCGACGGCGCUUGAGCUGCUGAGGGUGUGCAAGGAGCUUCAGGCGAGGUUCGAGGAGGUGGAGGUACCGCUGCUGAUCGUCCACGGCGGCGACGACCUCGUCUGCGACCCCGCGUGCGUUAAGGAGCUCCACGGGCGCGCGUCGAGCAAAGACAAGACGCUGAGGAUCCACGAGGGCAUGUGGCACCAGCUGGUUGGUGAAACCCAGGAGGACGUCGACUUGGUGUUCGGCGAAAUGGUGGCGUGGCUUCGUACUCGAGUUGAACGCGCCUCCACCGCUGCCGUCGCCAGCGGUGGUGCUGCCUAG